AAUCCAUUAAGUUAAGAAGCUGUCUGUGGAGAAAGACUUCAGGAACAUUGCAGAACAUUGGAAUUACAAGUGGACACAUUAUUCACAUAGAAUUGACAAGAUUUCAAGGUAUUGAAUCUUCAAGAAAUGGCUUUUGUUUGUCUGGAUAUUCGAUGUCCAUGUAUCUUUCUUAUCUGUACAAUAUUUGGCUGUACAUUGUCUUCAAACACAGAGAUAAAAGUUAACCCUCCUCAGAAUUUUGAAAUAGUGGACCCUGGAUAUUUAGGCUAUCUCUAUUUGCAAUGGCAACCUCCACUGGCUCUGGAUAAUUUUGAGGAAUGCACAGUAGAGUAUGUUCUAAAAUACCGAAAUGUUGACAGUCAAAGAUGGAAGACCAUUAUUACUAAGAAUCUACACUACAAAGAUGGAUUUGAUCUUAACAAAGGAGUUGAAGCAAAAGUACACACACUUUUGUCGAGCCAAUGCACAAAUGGAUCAGAAGUUCAAAGUUCAUGGUCAGAAGCUACUUAUUGGACACCAGAACAAGGAAGUGUGGAAACUAAAAUUCAGGACAUGAAUUGUGUGUAUCAUAACUGGAAGUAUUUAGUCUGCUCUUGGAAACCUGGCAUUGAUGAACAUAUUGACACCAAUUACAACUUGUUUUACUGGUAUGAGGGUUUGGAUCAUGCUUUACAGUGUGUUGAUUACAUCAAGGCUCAUGGAAAGAACACUGGAUGCAGGAUGCCCUAUUUGGAGUCAUCGGACUAUAAAGAUUUCUUUAUCUGUGUUAAUGGAUCAUCAAAAUCCAUACCUAUCAGAUCCAGCUAUUUCAUUUUUCAGCUUCAAAAUAUAGUUAAACCUUUGCCACCAACCACUCUUAGUCUUACUGUGAAGAAUUCAUUUGAAGUUAAUCUGAAAUGGAACAUACCUGAAGGACCCAUUCCUGCAAGGUGUUUCAUUUAUGAAAUUAUGUUCACAGAAGAUAACACUUCAUGUUUGACUACCACAGAUGAAAAUGAAAUAAACAUCCCACGGACAUCAAAUGGAAGUCAACAACUGUGCUUUUUAGUAAGAAGCAAAGUGAAUAUAUAUUGCUCAGAUGAUGGGAUUUGGAGUGAGUGGAGUAAUGAACAAUGCUGGGAAGGUGACAGAUGGAAGAAAACUUUGGUAUUUUUUGCAAUGCCAUUUGUUUUGUUCUUUGUAUUUGUUAUAGUGGUUUGUCUGCUUUUCUAUAAGCAAAAAACUUUACUAAAAAUGGGGCUACUGUCAAAGAAUUUCUGGAAUUACUGCCGUAAAUCUAGAAGAUACAACCGAAACUACCCCAACAAAGGAAAUUUGAGAAUUAAGUGGUACUAAAUCCUCCAAAAGGACCCUUGGAACUCCUGGAACUCCACUAGCGAUUUAGAUUUAUUAACUUCGCAAUAAUGUGACCAAAAAUUUAAUAAAAUUGAAUUU